AUGUCUCCAGUUCGGACCAUUGAGGAUGUCCGGGAAGAAUACAGCUAUAUCAUUUGCGGGGGCGGCACCUCUGGGUGUGUGAUUGCGGGAAGACUCGCUGAAGCGCUCUCCGAGAGAUCGGAUGUCUCUAUCCUGGUGGUCGAGGCUGGGCCGGACUCGACGGGUCACCCGCUCAUCACCAUGGUGGGCGGCCUCUUCCAAGCCAUGGGCGGCGAGCUGGACUGGGGCCUGGAGACCGUGCCGCAGGAACACCUCGACAACCGCGUGCUGCAACUCAACCGCGGCAAGUUCCUGGGCGGGAGCAGCGGGUUCAACGGGACGCUGUGCAUCCGUGGGUGCAAGACGGACUACGACGACUGGGGCCUCGAGGGCUGGACUGGCGACGACAUGUUCCGGUACAUGAAACGCGCAGAGACGUUCCACGGCAAAGACUGGUUCAAGGCGGCAGAGGCGUACCACGGCACGGAUGGUCCCUUGCAUGUUGAACCGCACGAUCUGGCGCCCAUCUCCAAUCACGUCCUAGAGUCCUUGCAGGAUAAAGGCUUGCCGCUGGUAGAUGACUUGUUCACCACGGGCCAGGCCGCACAUGCCUGUGGCCAUGUUCCCCGGACGGUGCAUGGCGGCGUGAGAACGUUCAGCACCGACUACCUGAAAGGGCACGAAGGUCGAGUGGAUAUCGUGGUCGAUACCGUAGUCGACAAAGUUAUCCUUGAGCACGUCCAAGGGGAUGUUGUGGCGACGGGCGUCGAGGUUGUCGAUAAUUCUGGGAACAGGAGGGUGUUGAAAGCUGAUAAGCAGGUCAUAUUGUCUGCAGGUGCGUACUGCUCGCCAACCAUUCUGCUUCGAUCUGGCAUCGGCCCAAAAGAUGAGCUCGCACAGCUCGGCGUCGAUUGUAUAGUCGAUUCUCCGGGCGUCGUGUUUGUCCCCUACGAAGUCACGCAGCCGGACCUCACCAACGACCGAUUCAUCCACCACGCCAACGGUUUCGCAAAUUCCCUGGCAACCUACCAGAGCUCUCAAUCUGGCUUCUUUUCCACAUUUCCCUUUGGCAUCUUUGCGCUGGCGCGACUCGACGACGGGUUGAACUCGUCGUCUUUGUGGCGCGAGAGAUCCGCCGCGACGUCUGGGUCGACACGAGAUGCUGCUGACCUCACAGCCGAGCAGGCUCACGUCGAAUACAUGCACACCGAGUUGUAUUCAGGCCACGUUCACGGAUAUCCCAUUCCCUUGGAGGGGAAGUACGGCUUCGAGAUGAUGACACUGCUGUUUAGCCAACAGAGCCGCGGCACAGUCACCCUGCGCUCCACGAACCCGCACGACAAGCCAAUCAUCGACCCUCGCUACCUAUCCGAUCCUCUCGAUCUGCUCAUGUUGGCCGAAGGCGUGCGCUUUGCACACUCGAUCGUGACAACCGGAUCUGGCACCAAGGACAUCAUCGCCCCGGGCGUGUGGAUGGCGGGUCCGAAGUACGCGGCCUUGGGGCCCGAAACUACCAGGGAAGACUGGGAGCCGUAUGUGCGUCAGUACAGCGCCACGGCGCACCACCCGGCGGGCACGUGUCGCAUGGGGAAGGAUGGCGAUACGAUGGCUGUAGUGGACGAGAAGCUGCGUGUCAGGGGCGUCAAGGGUUUGAUGGUUGCCGACUGCAGCAUCAUGCCGAGUCUGAACGGUGGACACACGCAGAUGCCAGCGUAUGCCAUUGGGGAGAAGGCUGCAGAGUUGCUUGUCAGUUGCGUCUGA